CACCCGAUCGCUGCAAAUCUGGAUCGGCUCGUUUUGACACCAUUCUUUCGGGACCCGUACCCCGGGAGCAAUCCAGAUUCUCCCGCCAACCGCAGCAGCAACAUUCCACGACAGGAACGACGGAACAAAGGCCGCCUGCGAAGCAAACAAGCCUGGAAAUCUUUGCAAUGAUGCCACCCAAGAGCUUCACCGAAUGCGUCGAGAUUCCCUUUGCUUCUUCCCGACGCCCGAACGAGUGCGGGGGGCGGGCGAGGAGGAAGCGAUGCCGGAACCAAAGAAGCGCGCGGCUGUCCGGCACGGCCACUCCGGCGACGGCGGCGUGGGUCUGGCGGUUGUUCGUGGCGUCGCUGGUGGCCUCGGGCACGAACACGAAUGCAAAGGCCAAUGCAAAGGCCAAUGCAAAGGCCAAUGCAAAGGCCAAUGCGAAUGCAAAUGCAAAUGAAAGUACAACCACGAUCACCACCGGGUUUCUCCCGGUGUGCGAUGCCUUUGUUCUCCCCACCACCAAGACCAACCGCUUCGUCCGACCGGAACGACGGAAUCCAAAGCCACGGAGAAACCACAGAACCCAACACCACGCGGGCGUCCAAAGCCACAGAGCACMCGUAUUUCCGAUCGCCGCGAGCCCCGCCCCAAGAACGGGGACGACGCUGUGGCUGAACAGCCCGACGGGAAGCAACAAGGCCACCCCGAGGGGCAGGAGGAACGACGAGGUGACCGGGCUGGUCCUGGCCGUUUUUAUCGUUCUGAGCCUGGCGGGAAUGACGGGAAGCGGCGCGGGCGUCGCCGGCGACGGCGUUUCCGACGUCACGAGCUCGAGCUACGCCGUCGUGACCAAGGUCGUCGAGAACACCGUCCCCACCACCUCGACCGAGGUCGUUGCCGUGACCCUGGGAGAGUCGAUCGGGGGCGUCAUCGGCGCCGUGUUUUCCGUGGCGAUCAAUUUCGUGCUGCGGGGGGGAAAGACGGACGACCCCAAUGAAUCCUCCCCCGACCCGACCGGUAGCGGCACUGCCGGCAGGAGCAAACCGGCGUCGCUCUUGUCGCAGGGCCUCUCGGACAGCGACUUUUUCAUUGCAAACUCCGCCAGCUACUCGAUUCUAGAGGCCGCGGGGGUUCCCGAGUCGAUCGCAAAAUACGGAAGCAUCUUCAUCGCGGCCGUACCGUCCCAGCUGGUCAAGAUCGGCUCCAGCAUAUCCAAGCAGAAGAGAGCAAAGGAAGAGCGACUCCUGUACGAACUCCUCCUCAGCGAGGAGAGGCAGCGCAGACGCUCCAGGUACCGGUUCGACAAACUGUUUUCGUUCUGGAAGCAAAGGAGCCAGGCAACGAGGCAGCGGUUUGUCGAUCCGAAAGAUCUCGAGCCGGUAACGGCUGCCGGGGAAGCCGCCGCCACUGGUUCGGCUCUCGCUGCCGAAACGGUGGGAACCCCUUCCGUCUUUGUCGUCGACUUUGUGGAAGUCUUUGCGGACGUUACGAGGUGGCUGGAGUACGAGUAAGUUUUUGCGCGGCCGGUGUGGUGUGGUGUUGGAAGCGUCGCGAGCCCCGUGCAGGCGAUUGGGAACGCCGCCGCGUGGUGGGAAACGCGCACACAUCCACUGACCCAGCCGACGUCUUUUUUUCGCAAUGCUUUUCUUGGCCGAACCAACCAACCAACCAACCAACCAACGCAACACGCCAGUGUUCUCAAGACCGAGUACGGGGAAAUGGCCUCGUCGGUCUUGUGGAUGGGAAACACCCACGCACCCGUCAACAACCUCCAGGCGGCCAUCACGUACGCGCUACUGGGCUCCCUCGCCGCGGUUUCGGCGCGCUGGUACGCCGACGUUCUGUACGGGCGGUUCGGCUACGGGCCCAUCGAGAAGCAGCGGGAGGUCCGGUCCAGGGGCGACGCCGAGUGGUUCUCCCUCUACUCGUCUACCGCGGCGAGCGCGCUGGCCCUCUUUGGAUGCUACGAGUUCUUCCAGAUUCCCAUCGGCCGGUACAUCCAGGGGACGCUGUCGGGGGGCGUGGAGAUGUGCUUUGGGUCCUCCCGGUUCGACGCCUGCCUCCAGACCUUUAUCGACACGAAUUCUCCCGGCCCGACCCCGGAGGCCCAGUUCCGCGCCCUGGUGACCAACCUGUACGCCGUGUACGUCCGGCUCCAGGACAUUGCCGGGGACACGAGCUGGGACGACGUGGUGGUGCUGGUCCGCGCCUGGAGCGUCUCGUUCGCCAGCUACCUGGCGAACCUGCAGUAGCGGCAACGGGCUGCCCCUGUUCCACAGUGCACGCACUCGACAAGAUUGCUGUUCUGCCAACAGCACUGGGUUUUCUCGGCGGGUUCGCCCGCACUAGAACAGUAACGAACUGCGCUAAACUACAACUU